GUCGGCUCAUUGCCGUCUGCGCUCCAACCACCGACUUUUUUUUCCCGUUUGACCGUGAGUGUGACACAUUACGCACUGAUCCACGUGCUUUUCAUCAAGGAAAGUGUCUCGAUAGAGAAAAACAGAAAAAGUGUGGAGCAUAGAGGGCGCGCUUUCGCAUGAUCUCCCAUGUUUGUUUCGACCACGUGAUCGAUUAUAUCGAUUAUCGAUCGAAGUGAGAGAAACGACGCUAACCUCGCGCGAGACAAGCACAAAGUGCGUAAUCGAAGCUAGUCUGGUUGUCGCGAGACUCAACGGAGUCACGUUGCUUUUGAUUUACCUCGUGACGAAACUCGAGCAGGGGUUGACGCUCUUGGAGGCCUUCGUGACGAUAAACCGCGGUCAACCGGCGUGGAGGUGGAUUUCGGUCGCUGUCUUCGUCUCGAACGUAUGUUAAGGGUGACAGAGGAAAACCGAGAGUGCUCCAAGAGAGGGGGAGAGUAAUUCUAGUACGAAAGCGGGAGCGAGAAAGCAGAAGGGAGGAGGACGCUGCGUGGGUGGUGGGAGAGAGGGAAAGGUCGGCAGUGGCUCGCGAGGGACUACUCGUAUUCCGAGGACUGUUGUUUUCGGCGAACUGCUAAGAAACACUCGUCCACGCGGACCGGCCUUACGUGUAUUCUCCCUUUACGCAUUCUUUUAUCGUGCGAUAAUAACGCUUUGUGAAGAUUGAAAAUUUUCUAUCAGUGAUAUUUCGAUGUUUCGAACGCGAUCAACAUUGUGUUUCGCGUGUGUUAUUCAAAAUUGUGAAACGUUAAUUGUGUGACAUCAAUUUCUGAGGUUAUGAAUGGAAAUAUUCCGAUCAACUUUUCGAAUUAAUGCUUUAUUAUCUUUUUUCUCAAACUAAUUAUUAGAACUAUAAUUUAAAUAUGUUUAUCUAUGCCCUCGAAAAACUAUUCAUUUUUCGUAUUCUUAUUUCGAGAGUUGAAAUAUUACGUCAGUGGUUUUUCAUAGUGUUCGUUCGAGUUCUCUAACGAACUGGAAUCGAUACGGACUGUGUAUCGAUAUUUCUAACAGACGAUUCGACUCGAAUCGAUUGACACGUGUGUGGACGAGAAAUCUUCCGUGUUGUUUGAAAGUGGACAGUGAUUCGAAUUUUUUCGUGACAUCGAGACAGUUCGCGUGUUUCCUCGAUCGAAUAUUUACUCGUCGGUGAUUCUCCUUUCCCGAUGGGACGCGAUUACAAGUCGUUAGCGUCGAAAUCGAAGUCGCAGCGCGCGUAAAGUGAGUGAUUAGUUCGGAGUAUCGCCGCGAGGGCUUCCAUUGCAGGUGUCACGCCGCCGCAAGACAUUGACCGUGACAUUCGAGAGACAUCCGCGCGGAGAUACAGUGAAACAUAGCGACAAAACCGAGUGAGUCAGGCAUCGUUGGUGACUGAAGUAAAUAAAUAUUGUGCUUUUUCUUUCGUUCGUGUCUCGAUCUACGCCGAAAUUGAGUGUCGUCGUUCGGUGACUCGUCCACGAGUGGCUGGCUAUUAAUGUGCUCGCGUGUUUCGUGAAUGAAGCCGAUCGUAACGGUCUUUCGCGAGAGAUUUUCAAGUGUAAUCCCGUGACCCGCGGCCGCGGGUGAAACGCAUUAAACGUGGCUCACACAGGAAGGGACAGAACCGCCGAAAUCCAGGCGGAAGUAAGGAGUGCGAUCAGGGUACUUCAUGGCUGGUGCCCCAGGCCGCCCCAGGGGCACCGUGGUGACACGGUUUUGAUGUCACCGCAGUCUCAAAUGCGAGGAAAUCAUAGAAACGGAGGACCAACGCAACAACCACCGCCACCAACCGUUGUAGUCAGUUCAACGUCCAGUAUGAGACCACCGCCACCGCCUCCGCCCCCCCGAGCUAGAGCGUCCAACGAGGGUAAGGGCCACCACGAGGAGCCUACUAGUUCUAUUCCUGAUCUCGAAUUCGACGGUACUACGGUGCUGUGUCGCGUUUGCGGGGACAAGGCGUCCGGUUUUCACUAUGGAGUACACUCCUGCGAGGGAUGCAAGGGAUUCUUCCGGCGCAGCAUUCAACAGAAGAUUCAGUAUCGGCCCUGCACCAAGAAUCAACAGUGCAGCAUCCUGCGCAUCAACAGGAACCGCUGCCAAUAUUGCCGUCUCAAGAAGUGCAUCGCUGUCGGGAUGAGUCGUGAUGCGGUACGAUUCGGCCGUGUGCCCAAACGUGAGAAGGCCAGGAUUCUGGCUGCUAUGCAGCAAAGCUCCCACAGCCGAUCUCAAGAGAAGGCAGUAGCGGCCGAGCUGGAGGACGAGCAACGGCUUCUGGCCACCGUUGUGCAAGCCCAUCUCGACACAUGCGACUUUACCAGGGACAAGGUGGCACCGAUCCUGGUCAGAGCUCGAGAAACGCCUAACUAUACCGCCUGCCCGCCAACCUUGGCAUGCCCCCUGAACCCUAACCCCCAGCCGUUGACCGGCCAGCAAGAGUUGCUGCAAGAUUUCUCGAAGAGGUUCUCGCCCGCGAUCCGCGGCGUGGUCGAAUUCGCGAAACGCAUCCCGGGAUUCAGCCUGUUGGCGCAGGACGAUCAGGUGACGCUGCUGAAGGCGGGCGUUUUCGAGGUGUUGCUCGUCCGGCUCGCUUGCAUGUUCGACGCCCAGACGAACAGCAUGAUAUGCCUGAACGGGCAGGUGUUGAAGCGAGAGUCCAUCCACAACAGCAGCAACGCCCGUUUCCUCAUGGACUCGAUGUUCGACUUCGCCGAGAGGGUGAACUCGUUGCGGUUGUCGGACGCAGAACUCGGCCUCUUCUGUUCCGUUGUCGUGAUCGCCGCCGACAGGCCGGGAUUGCGCAACACCGAGCUGGUCGAGCGCAUGCACAACAAGUUGCGGAACGCCCUCCAGACAGUCCUCGCGCAGAACCACCCCCAACACCCGGACAUCCUGAGGGAGCUGCUGAAAAAGAUCCCUGACCUGAGAACCUUGAACACCCUCCACUCGGAGAAACUGUUGGCGUUCAAGAUGACCGAGCAACAGCAACAGAUGCAGGCGCAGCAGCAGCACCAGCAACAGCAACAGCAAACGCAGCACGUGAUCAACGCUCAACAACCGCAGCAGCAGCAGCAACAACAACAGCAACAACAACAACAACAGCAGCAGCAACAGCAACAGCAGCACUGGCCUAUGGAGGAGGAGCCGGCGGCGUCCUGGGGCUCAGCCUCGGACGUUACCCUGGACGAGGCUGUGAAGAGUCCUCUGGGCAGCGUGUCGAGCACCGAGAGCACCUGCAGCGGGGAAGUCGCCUCCCUGACGGAGUAUCACCACGUGGCCCCGCCCAGCGGGCACCACGCGUCCAGCGCCCCCCUUCUUGCCGCCACCCUGGCGGGCGGCCUCUGCCCCCAUCGCCGCCGAGCGAAUUCGGGCAGCACGAGCUCAGGGGACGACGAGUUGCACCGCGCCUCCCUCUCGAAAACCCCCCAACCGCCCCAAUGCCCCCGAUUCCGCAAGCUCGACUCGCCGAGCGACAGCGGGAUCGAGUCAGGGACCGAGAAACCGGACAAACCGGCGAGCAGCAGCGCGAGCAGCGCGCCGACCUCGGUCUGCUCCAGCCCCCGCUCCGAGGACAAGGAGGUGGAGGACAUGCCGGUGCUGAAACGGGUGCUGCAAGCGCCACCCCUGUACGACACCAACUCGCUGAUGGACGAGGCGUACAAGCCCCACAAGAAGUUCCGCGCCCUCCGCCAGAAGGACAGCGCGGAGGCCGAGCCGGCCGUGAUCGUGCAGCACACGCAGUCCCAGCUACAUCUCCACUUGACCUCGCCGCCGGCACGGAGCCCGUCGAGCCAGGCGCAGGCGAGCCAAUGCCCCCAGACGGCAAGCCUGUUGAGCAGCACCCACUCGACCCUCGCGAGAAGCCUGAUGGAGGGGCCGCGGAUGACGGCCGAGCAGUUGAAACGCACCGAUAUCAUUCACAAUUACAUAAUGCGGGGCGAGGCGAGCCCGAGGUCGCCGAACGCGUCGCCCUCGCCCGCGGAGCAAUGCGCCUCCACCACCACCAUCACCGCGCGAUCACCCCAAGGAUCUCAAGGACUGCUGCAGUGCGCGACCAGCAACUACUCGACGACCAGGUGGCCGGCCACGUCCGUCAUCACGACGACGACGGGCGCCCGGCAGCAGCAGCAGCAGCAGCAACAGCAGCAGCAACAGCAGCAGCAGCAACAACAGUCUUCCUCGGACUACCUCAUGGUCGGGAACUCGCCGGCCUCGUCGCCAAGGUACCUGUCCGCGGCGGCGACGAGUAGUACGAGCACGAGUCCACGGCCCGCCUCGAGCACGGCUGCGACGCUCGUGUUGUCCGGCUGCCCGAGCAACAUGAUGGAGCUACAGGUGGACAUAGCGGACAGUCAACAACCGUUGAACCUGUCGAAGAAGUCGCCGUCCCCGUCGCCAAGGCCGUUGGUGGGCCCGUGCAAGGCGUUGUCCCUCGAGGCGUAGUGGUCUGAUGGACGGGCCGUAUGAACGUGUCUUGUCGCUCGUGACAUGGGUGAUGAUGAUGAUGAUGAUGAUGAUGAUGAUGAUGAUGAUCGUUGGUUCGUUGUAUAUUCGUUGUUAACACCCCGCACGAUAACAACAUCCCUGGACGACAGAGCGCGGCGAGAAAAAAAGAAUUGUAUAUCGGCGGUGCGGCGAUUAACGGAUGCAUGCACGGUGUGUUUCGUCGCGAGGGGAGAAAGAAGGGAGAAGGGGAAGGGAGGAAAAGUCGGAGAGAUCAACGACUUUUGGUUGAUUGGUGGUGUGAAAAUGAAAAAAAGUUGGUGUGUCGCGCGCCACGUCGUUCCCCCUUCCAGGAGACACGGAGUGAGAAUGGAAUGGGAGAAGGAGGAAUUUAAAAAAGAAGAAGAAAAAAAAGAAAAAGAAAAAAAAAAGAAGGAAAAGUGCCAGGACGCUCGGAAGCGCGUGAUAAACCAAAUAAUUUAUUAAUUUAAACUAUUAACUAUCGAUAUAAAUGAAAUUUGCGCGAGACACACGCGAGGGAGUAUGUAUGUAUAACGCAAUGGUGACCAGAUGGCGGAACCGUGAAAGUUCUGGACAUUUUGGGACACCCGGUGCACGAGACACGCGCGUGUUGACGCGCGAUCGGGAGGAAUGGAAAGAGGAAUAGGAGGAGGCGGAGUGUGCUAAGUGUAUGGGAGGAUGCUAUCUGUUUUCGUUUCCUUUUUUUUUUUUUUUUUUUUUUCCUUCUCUGACAAUGAUCUCCGCCCCCGGAAAGACGCGUGUCGUGAUCGAUGGACCGAAGCGGAUGGAUGGAUGGAUGGAUCGAACACACGUGAUCGGGAAGAGUGUGCACGAUCUCGAGAGAAAAGAAAUUUAAAAAAAAAAAGAAAAAAAACGGGGAAACGGAGAGAGUGCCGUGCUUUGUUUUUUUUUUUUUUUUUGUCCCCCCCUUUUUUCGGGGAAGAAUCACCAUCAAGUGUAGUACAUCACUUUGAAACGGAAGCUAAACCUACCCAUCUACCUUACCUACCACCUAUCGACGAACAACUCGAAGAACAACAGCCACAAACAGGAAGGUAAGCUAUCUGGUCUAGACGAUCUGGCGAGAUAGCGUGUCGAUACCCCCUUUAGAAGAGGAGGAAGGGGGUGAGAGAGAAAGAGAUAGCGGUGGAAACGGAAGAGGAAGAAUAUAAGAAAAAAAAGAAAAAAGAAAGAGAGGGAGGAUUGAAUGUUACAGAAAAAAAAUUUUUGAAUAAUCUAUCUUACAUGUGAUAAUCAUGGAAAUCGCGCAUCCUGUACAGUACUCCACCUCAUUCAUCGAUCAUCUACUAUACUAUAAUUAUUAAAUAUAAUUAUUAAAAGUAAUUAAUAUUAUUGUAACAUGUGUAAGGUAUAUUAAUAAUCGUAAAAGGAACGUUAUCAUCUUGUGUAUGUGCGAGUAGGGAAGAAAAAAGACGAGCGUACGAAUGGAAGCGAGAGAGAGAGAGAGAGAGAGAGAGAGAGAAUUACAAAGAGAGCAAGAGAGAGAGAGAGAGAGUACGAAUGCAUGAGAUCGACCAGGAACAAUAAAAAAAAAAAAAAAGCAACAUGAACGAACGAAUGGAACGUGAGCGUGCUUGUGCAAGUGAGUCGGGGCAAAAUCGCAAAUACAAAAAUAACAAAAAAUGAGAAGAAUGCAGGGAGAGACAAAACAAAAGAAAGAAAAAAAAUAGAAAAUAGACAGAAUAUAAACGAAUAUAACAAAAAACGAAAGGUAAAAGAAAGCGAGAAAAAGAUUAAGGAUGGAAGGGAAAAAAAAGGAAACUGCUUUUCAGAUCGAUCGAUUGCGACUUGACGGGAAAACGCGCAUUUUAAAAAAAGAAAAAAAAAAAAAGAAAACGAUUUUAAAAAAGAAGAAAAAGAAAAAAAAAAAAAGACGAUGUUUCGUUUCAGAACAUGUAUAUGAGACUGACCCGGCCCGCCGCGGCCUCCAGAGUUUGCAAUCAACCGUACCUUUUGUAAAGCCGAAAUCGUAUUGCGUCUCUCGUCUCUUUCUAAUCGUCCAUCAUACGUACGGCCAUCUCUGUCUAACAUCUCUGUCCGUAAUUCGAGUCGUGUCCAACGUUGUAUCGCGAAAAACGAUACAACAUGUUUCAAAUCAUGUAAACACCCGUGUUGUUCGCAAGAGAAGGAAAAGAGAAACGGAGAUUAAAAAACGGAGAAGAAGGAUGGAAGACAUGCGACGUUCGCGUGUAUUCGCACGUGGGGUCGCGUGUCGUUCGAGACAGAGAUGGAUCGAGCGAGAUACGCGUAGAAACGAAACACAAAAAGAGAGAGAGAGUGAGACGGUAAGAGGAGACGAGAGACAAAACGUGUGUAAAGAUAGCAGAGAGAGAGAGAGAGAGAGCGUGUGUGAGAUGCGUGCGCGUGUGGGUGAGCGAGACGAAGAGAGUUGUAAAGAGUGACGAGAGGAAAGAUAUGGAAAGAGAAGCGAGAAAAAAAAGAAAGAAUAUCGAGUGCAUUGAGAGAAAGAGAGAGAGAGAGAGAGAAUCAAGAGAGAAAAGUCAAGUGCGAUGUAAUAAUCGGCAUUAAAUAAAAGAAGAAAAAAAAAGAGAAACAAAAAAGGCGCAGUGUAAAUAGUAGAUUCGUAAGGUUAAGUCCUAGAAGGCGCGAGUGGACGAGUUUUUUGCUUUUUUUUUUCCGGAGAAAAACGAAACGCUCGGUGAGAAAGGGGAAAGUAUGCGAGAGAGAGAGAGAGAGAUACGUAAAUGGAAAAGAAUAGAGAGUGACGAACAAGCGUGAAAAGAGACGAGAAGAAAAAUAUAGAAAAACACACACACACACACAUACAGUGCGAAGAUAUAUACGCGGCGGGCCGCCGCCGACGUGUUGUUGAGACGCCCGCCCCACCCCCCUUAUGCCCCCCGUAGUACAGUCGACGCCGAGAGAAUUAUAUCGGUGCAGGAGAGAGUUAAGGUAUAGAGAGAGUGUGAGAGAGAGAGAAAGAAAAAAAGAAGAGGAAUAAAACGAUCAAUCGCGCGAGAAAUAAAAAAUAAAACGCAGCAGCAACAAGAACAACAAAUCUAGUGAACACUAUCACGCUUAAUGUAACAAAAAUCACGUAAAUACAUGACACACACACACACACACAUAUGCGUUUUUGAAAUAUGCAUAAGCAGAUUGAACAUAGUUGAAACGAGCGAAAAAAAGUAAAAGGCAGAGCGAGAGAGAGAGAGAGAGAGAGUGAGAGAGGAAGAGAGAUAGAGAGAGAGAGAGCGAUAUAUUAAUAGAUAGAGCAAUCACUGCACACGCGAGAUAGGGAAACGAAGAAGAGAGCGUCGCAAAAUAGGGAAAAAAAAGGAAGAGAGAAAGAGAAAAAGAUGAAAAUCGUAGGGCAUGAAAAAAAGAACUGCUCGAUGGGCAUGCAGAAAAACCAUUGUCUCGCUACUUUUUUGUGCGCAGCACCACGUUCACCACGAAUCCCUUAAUCACGCCACGCAGACAAGAAAAAAAAAAACAUGGAAACACGUAUACACACACACACACACAUACAACACAACCCCGAAGAAGCUUCUAGUAGUGAGACCACUCUGUGUAUUUAUUGUAUUCGAGGACAAAGUCAUUCCCUCCCAUUUUUACGUACUGUGUAUACGCAGGCAGAGACACACACACACACACACAUACACACGGGAACACGCGCAGCACACGCUCCCUCGACUCGUUUUUUGACCCUUGAAAUCCUUCUUGCUGUCAUUUAUGCUACACACAUACACACCCUUUGAAACGAACACCCCCUUGUUUCCUUCCUGCAGCAGAUUAGCCAGAUCCCCGCUUAGAGAGCCAUCCAGAGAGCCUUGUGAACAGUUGUCAUCCGAAUCGUUGUAGCCUUAAGCCGAAACUGUGUAUCGCGCACAUUACACAUUAUAUGCGGUAUCUCAGUGUGGCGCAGCAAUUUUUUUUCCGCUAUUCUUCGACAGAUCGAACUCUUGUCUCUUCAGCAAAUUCCCCUCUCCGUUUGUCCAACUCUCCGUAUAAUUGUCCAUUAUUAUUGCCACCCCCCCCCCUUUACUUAUCCAACACACUUUAACAAGAGUGCAUCCCAAAACCGUUUUUUCUCAGACCCGACCACCCCCUUAUGAGUCCUCAAAUAUGAGCCCUGGAUAUGUCCCCCCGCAAGCGAACUAGCGUUGAUAUUCGUAAUACUUGUUAUGCAUAAACUACACAUAAUGAUUAUUAUAGUAAACGAUACAUAAAGUAUGAUAUAUUUCUCUAUCCAUUAAGAAAAAAAAAAAAAAGAAGGAAGAUGCAAGUAGCUGUUGUUUCUUGGUGGAAACAAGAUGAGGAACAAAGUGCAAGGCAAGAGCGCGAACAACAAAGAGUAUAGGGAGAAAAAAAAAAACGUAAAAAAAAAAAAAUAAUAAUAAAUGCGUAAUAAUAAAUGAAUAAUAAAUGAAUGGUGGAAUGAAUAAUAAAGAUAAAAAUAAAAAAAUAAAAUAAAAUUGUACGGAAAGAAAUAAAACGAGCAUACCGAAAGUGUACUGUAUUACAAUUGCAAGAAUACAAACGCAGCCCCGCAUAUUGCCCAGUGAGCACGUCGUUUUGUACGCUUGGGAGUUGUGAGGUCGUCUGAAUAAACAUUGUCUGGUGAAUUAUACA